CUGAUGUUAGACUGUGAGUCUGCAGGCUGGUAUCCAGAUCCUGAGGUGUCGUGGCUGGACGGUGAGGGACACGUCCUCUCUGCUGGACCUACAGAGACAGUCAGAGGUCCUGAUGACCUCUAUACUGUCAGCAGCAGAGUGACUGUGGACAAGAGACACAGCAACAGCUUCACCUGCAGAGUCCAACAGAACCACAUCAGCCUGACGCGAAACUCACACAUCCAUGUUGCAGAUAACGUCUUCGUGGUCCAGUCCUGUCUCACCGUCCGUGUCAUCAUUAGCCUGGGUGUUUGCUUUGCGUCGGUCCUCAUAGUCGUCUUAAUUGUGUGCAGAUGUGGACACAACAAGGCCAGCGAUCACCAUAAGACUGAAGCUGAAUUUGGGGAAUUACUUGACAACAACAUGAAAAUUCAGUCCGCAGGUGCAGCGACAGAAGAGAAGAAGCUCUUGGAAACAAGUGAGAGAGACGGAAGAUUGGACAAGAGAAACUCGAGCUGUGACGAAGAGAUCGAGCAGGUGCUCGGAAAACUGAGCGAGCAAAAGACGAAGCUGAAGAAACAGAGAGAGCUGAUCAACUCGUUACUGCUGGAGGUGAACACACAGAUCGCCGAGACCAAGAGGAAGCUGGAGAACCCCGCCUCGUUCGACCGAGAGAGGAAACAAAAGAAACGAGAAACGGUCAAACAGGAUCUGGAGAGAAGGAAGAAGGAACACGAGGAGCUGUUAAAGAUCACGCAGGAACUGCUGGACGCAUCAGACGAAAUGAUGAUUAAAUUUAAGGUCAUAAAUAAAAAACUAGAUAAGGAUGAGUAGCGUGAAACACCUGAAGGAAAACAAAGGAGAGAUUUAGAAAAUGUUUAAUGCAAA